AUAAAUAUCCCUUUUCACUUUCCACUUUCCACUUAUUUUUUUUCUUCAUAUAACCACAACACUGCUACCUACUAUACCAAAAAAUGAAGCAUUUUCCUACAGCUGCUCUCCUCCUCUUCUUAGUGCUUCUUCUCUCAACAAAUGAAGAAAUAGGAGUUGGAAUUAGAAAGCUGGAGGCAAAACUGUGUCAAUACCACAGUGAAACCUUCCAUGGAGUUUGUGUAACGGGUAACAAUUGUAACCAACACUGCCUGAAAGAACACUUUGAGGGUGGACGCUGCCAUGGCAUUCGCCAUUAUCGUUGCGUCUGCUACAAGACUUGCUAGUUUCCUUUACUACCUAUUUCUUAUUAUGCUUUAUAAAUAAAUAAAAAAAGGCAUGUAAUGUAAUCAUGCUCAAUUUUUAAUAAAUAAGUGAUCCUAUUCGAUCGGAUCGGAUCCAUGGGUAUAUAUAUGCUUGCUUAA